AUGACCAAGACAAUCACCAUCAUCGGCGCCACCGGCACCCAAGGCGGCUCCGUCGUCAACGCCCUCCUCUCCACGCCGUCAACCUACACGACCAUCCGCGCGAUAACCCGGCACCCCACCAGCGCUGCCGCGCAGACCCUCGCCGCGAAAGACGUGCAGCUCAUCCCCGCCGACCUGCACGACCCCACAUCCUUGCAGACUGCAUUCGCCGGCACCCACGCCCUCUUCGCGGUGACGAACUUCUUCGAGGCCCUGCCCACCCACGGCGUCGACGGUGCCAUGGCGCUCGAGACGCAGCUGGGCACCAACAUCGCCACCGCGGCGGCCGCCACCCCGACCCUGGAGCACUUCGUCUGGUCGACGCUGCCGGACUCCGCGGCCAACUCCGCCGGGGCAGUGGUCGUGCCCUACUACGAGAGCAAGCGCCGCGUGGACGCGUUCAUUGCCGAGACCCUGCCGGGGCUGUGGGCUAAGACGACGUUCCUCUGGGUCGGCUGGUAUAGUGCCAACAUGCUGCUGCCGUGCUUCCUGCCGAUGCGGGUCCGGGGCGCGGCGGAUGACGGGUUUCUGAUGUUGACGAAUAUCGACCCCGCGACGAGGGUUCCGGUGGCCGGGGAUGAGAGGGUGAAUGUGGGGUUGUUUGUGAGAGCGAUUCUGGAGACGCCGGAUAGGACGCUGCCGGGGAGGGUCGUGGCGGCCAUUACUGAGUAUCGUGCGUUGCGCGAUGUGGUCGGGGCGUUUGGGAGGGCGACGGGGGUCAAGGUCCGGUGUGUUCAGGUCGGGAGGGAGGAUUAUCGGGCGUUAUGGCCGGGGUUGGCCGAGUUGAUGGAUGUGUCGCACUAUUAUUUUCAGGUUACGGAUGGGAGGUCGUUCACGGUGGUGGGGCGGGAGGAGGAGGUUCUGGGUGCGGAGGAUCUGGGGGUAGAGGGGUUGGUUGGGCUGGAGGAGGCUUUUGCUGGGGUGUCCUGGUUGGAUUGA